AUGGAUUCAUUUUAUAUUUCCCAACCUUUACCAAACUAUGAAAAUUAUAAUAAUCAAAUUUAUGAUUAUUAUCCAAAUGAAGAUAAUCUUCUACAAGAAAUAGGUUUGAAAAAAAAAAUUGAAAGGAAGAAUUCUAUUAGAAAGUUGAAGAGAAAGAAAUCGAAAUUAUCUUCACCUAUCCCUCCAUCAUUAUCAUUCAAUGUUUCAAAAUCUGAUAAAGAAAGUGAUUUAGAAUCAUUACCAGAUUUAAUAGAUGAUGUGGAUACUCCUAUGUCUGAACAAUCAUCACCAAUGUCAAUGAAUAAUUUCAUUUAUUUAGAUAAACCAAAGACUUUAAAUUUUGAUGAAUUCAAAUCUGAUAUUGAAAGUGAUGAUAGUUUAAGUGAUUAUCAACCAAAAAAAUUAUCUAUUGUUAAUCCAUUUUUCAAAAUCAAUGAUAUCAAACCACAACCAUCAACCCCAAAAGUUAAUAUUUUCGAGAUACCAGAGAUAGUAUAUAAAAUCAUUGAAUUUGCAUCUUAUCAAACUGACCAACCUUCAAUAGUAAGAAGAAAACCUGAUAGUUAUAAUCAUGCUUUAUUAAUACAUGGAAAUAAACAAUUAGCUGAACAAUCAGUUAAUGAAGAAACUCCCCAACUGUUUUCAAAAGUAAUGUUUAAUUGUUUACAAGUUAAUCAUUUAUUUAAUCAAGUAACUAAAGAAAUUUUAAGUAAAAGAUUUGAAUUUGAUGAUGCUUUCAAAUUAAAUCAAUACUUAUCCAAAAUUGACUUAAUAAGACCUCAAGAAUUCAAAUUAGAUAAAUUAUUCAAAUUAUCAGCUAAUGAAUUUGAUUGGCAAAAGUUCAAUUUCCAAAAUUUACAUUCAAUUGAAAUAUUCAUGUGUCCUAGAUUCUUACCACCUUUAGAAAUGUUUCAUAAAGGUAUUAAAAGUCUUAUAAUCUGUGGAUCUAAAGUAUUGCAUGAUAAUUACCUUAUUGAGAUUUUCGAAAGAUGUCCAAAUUUAGAAGUCUUAGAUAUAAGAGGAUGUGAAAUGAUCACAGAUUCAAGUAUUUAUAGACUCAGUGAUUAUUGUAAACAAUUGACAUCAAUAAAUCUUGGUAGAAAACAAAGAGGUAAUUUAAUUACUGAUGUUUCAAUUUGUAAAUUAGUUAAAUGUAAUCCAAAUUUAUCAACUGUAGGAUUAGCUGGCUGUUUUAUCAGUGAUAAAUCUAUUUGGGAGAUAGCUAUCAAUUGUUUAAAUUUGAUGAGAUUAUCCUUGAAUAAUUGUCCCCAUUUAACUAAUCAAUCAAUUCCAAUAAUAUUAAUGACGGAAUAUUUCAAACAAUUAAAUGUUUUGGAAUUUAAAAAUACUAAUAUAACCAAUUUAAAACCUAUCAUUGAAUUCAAAAGAUUCCAAGAGUUCAAAGGAAUUCCUAUAAUAAUCGAAAUGUGUGAAAAAUUAUGGUUAAAUAUGAGGAAACAAGAGAUCGAACUUGAUAAACAAAUAAGUGAAAAAAUAUUUCACGAUAUUCAAGAUUGGGUGAAUGAAAGUGACGACGGUGAUAUGAAUUGGGAAUUAUUACGUAGGUGA